AUGCAGAGGGGCUGGCACGCAGUACAUGCCCUCUUGGAGAUUCCAGCGGCUUCGCCAUUGGCUUUGAUACUGCUUGCGCUGGAUUUGGUUCUAACCAGCUUAAUCGUUUGGAAAGUUCCCUUUACAAAUGUGGACUGGGAAGCUUAUAUGACAGAGGUGGAGUUCGUUCUUCGUGGUGAAUUUGACUACCAGCAGAUUUCCGGCCCCACAGGGCCCAUCGCCUAUCCAGCAGGCUUUUGCUGGCUCUACGGUAGCUUCCGCUGGUUAGCGCUGGAGUUGUCUCAGGUGCAGACCAUAUUUGCAGGGCUCUACCUAGCAACCAUGCUGGUCCUCUUGAAGAUCUACAGGCAUGCAAAGGCACCGCUCUGGGUCUUCGGGUUGUGUGUUCUGUCCCUGCGUUGUCAUUCGAUCUUCGUGCUUCGUCUCUUCAACGAUGCAGCUGCACAGUUCUUCUGCUACUUCGCACUGCUGCUUUUGCUUGAAGGUUGCCACAGGUCCUCAUCUUUGAUCUACUCGCUGUCAGUUAGCGUGAAGAUGCAGCCACUGCUGGUUUGCCCAGUGGUUGGCCUUUACUUGGUCUUGCAUGGCUGGAAGAAGGCCUUGAGUUGCAUUGCGACCAUGCUGGUGCUGCAGCUUUUCUUGGCCCUACCUUUCCUUCAGGCCAACCCUUGGGCAUAUCUCCGCUUGGCCUUCGGAGGCCCCGGCGAUUUGCAGCACGCCUGGUCCGUGAACUGGCGCUUCUUGCCGGAGGUGCUCUUUACCAGUCGUGCGUUUGUCCUCUCACUGCUGCUGCUCCACAUCCUUUUGCUCCUCUAUUUCGCCCACUUCCGGUGGAUUCCAGGUGGCUUCCUGGGGCGCAGCAUUCGUCGCUGGCACGUGGAGCCGGUCGCCCGAGCUGGUGCUUUGGAGCCCAAACAGCUGGUGGCCAUGUGGUUCACUUGCAACUUUAUUGGCAUCGCGUGCCUUCGCACCAUGCACUUCCAGUUCUUGGUUUGGUACUUCCACACCGUGCCCUUCCUCGCCUGGUUCGCCCUGGGGGCGACCUCGCUGCAGCGGUGCCUGGGGGUGGUGGCCUUGACCGGCCUGGUAGAGCUGAGCUUCUUGAUCACCACGCAUGGCCAAGUGCGCGGACCGGACGGCCGCAGCUGGAACACCAAGGGCGUGCCCAGCUGGCAGGGAAGCCUCAUCCUGCAGGCAUGGGUGCAGCAGAGAGUGAAGGAACAGAGCCAGCAAAGCCCCGGGGUCAUCCGCGGAUGCUGGUGA